AUGUGGCGAUCCAGCGUCCACCGGAUGUUGCAAGCGUCCACAACUUCCAGGAAACUUCCGUGUUGUGUAUCUUCGCGGCGCCUCCUGAGCGGAUCCAUUACGUAUUCGGGUGGACAGGCUACGGAAGGGCAGGGCGGGUACUACGGGAGCGGAGGAGCCCGCGUACUUCCCCACGACAGCGCAACCGCGUCGGGUCGUUCGAUGAUGCUGGCACUGGCGCAGGACGUGGAAAAGAUCCAGUCCGUCAUGACGGAACUGGAAGUCCUGGAGAACUUGCUGCGUUCGGAAGAAGAAACCGCGCAGGGCUCCGUGACGGGCAAGUCGAUCGAACUCAAAGCGAACAUUAAGAAACUCAUGACGGCCGCCGACGUGCUCGAGUCGUUGAACCGACUGGAAGUCCAGGGUGAACCGGUGUGGGGCUUGUCGACGGAGGAACGGGAAAUGAUCGUAACGGCGCGGGAGAAAGUGAACGAGUGUUGA